CAGGGCACCCGACGCAGCUCGGUCGGCCUGUUGAGCCUUCCCACCCGCUUCCAUAAGGCUUUGCCUUUCCAACUUCAGCUACAGUGUUGGCUAAGUUUGGAAGGAAGACCAAAAGAAGACCCCCGGGCCGUUUUCCUUUUGUUUUUUUGUGUUUUUUUGGUAUAGUCGUCGUCGGAGGCUUUUUGCACAGAGCUGUUGUGUUUUCAACGGUGCUCUCUUCAGUUCCUUGCACUCCUCUUAACAAGCACCUAAGCAGGAGCGGCAGCCGUAGCAGCAGAAGAGCAAGCGGGGGGCGCCUGGUGUCAUGACCAGGGCAAGAGAGCAAAACCGCCUGGGAAGAUGCUGUGGAUCCUUAGCAAACUACCUGAUCUCUGCAAAAUUCCUUCUCUACCUUGGUCAUUCUCUAUCUACAUGGGGGGAUCGGAUGUGGCACUUUGCAGUGUCUGUGUUUCUGGUAGAGCUCUAUGGAAACAGCCUUCUCUUGACUGCAGUCUACGGGCUGGUGGUGGCAGGGUCUGUUCUGGUCCUAGGAGCCAUCAUUGGUGAUUGGGUGGAUAAGAAUGCCAGGCUUAAAGUGGCCCAGACUUCACUGGUGAUCCAGAAUGUUUCGGUCAUCCUGUGUGGACUCAUCCUGAUGAUGGUUUUCUUACAUAAAAAAGACCUUCUGACCAUGUACCAUGGAUGGGUUCUUACUUCAUGCUAUAUCCUGAUCAUCACUAUUGCAAAUAUUGCAAACCUGGCCAGUACUGCUACUGCAAUCACAAUCCAAAGGGAUUGGAUUGUUGUUGUUGCAGGAAACGACAGAAGCAAACUAGCAGAUAUGAAUGCUACAAUACGAAGGAUUGACCAGUUAACCAACAUCUUGGCCCCCAUGGCUGUAGGCCAGAUUAUGACAUUUGGCUCCCCAGUCAUUGGCUGUGGUUUCAUUUCGGGAUGGAAUUUGGUAUCCAUGUGUGUGGAGUACUUUCUGCUCUGGAAAGUUUAUCAGAAAACCCCUGCUCUAGCUGUGAAAGCUGCUCCUAAAGAGGAAACUGAGUUGAAACAGCUGAAUGUAUACAAAGAAACUGAGCCAAAAUCCCUGGAGGGAACUCAUCUAAUGGGUGAGAAAGACCCUGACAUCCAUGAACUUGAACAUGAGCAAGAGCUAAGUUGUGCCUCCCAGAUGGCUGAGCCCUUCCGCACCUUCCGAGAUGGAUGGGUCUCCUAUUACAACCAGCCGGUGUUCCUGGCAGGCAUGGGUCUUGCUUUCCUCUAUAUGACUGUCCUGGGCUUUGAUUGCAUCACUACAGGGUACGCCUACACUCAGGGGCUGAGCGGGUCCAUCCUCAGUAUUUUGAUGGGGGCGUCAGCCGUAACUGGAAUAAUGGGAACUGUGGCUUUUACAUGGCUACGUCACAAAUAUGGCCUGGUUCGGACUGGUCUGAUCUCAGGAUUUGCACAGCUUUCCUGUUUGAUCUUGUGUGUGAUCUCCGUGUUCAUGCCUGGAAGCCCCUUGGACUUGUCUGUUUCUCCUUUUGAAGAUAUCCGUUCUAGGUUCAUUCAAACAGAACCACUUUCAAUUACACCUACAAAAAUAUCUGAAAUCAUCUCUACAACUGAUAUGCACAUGUCAAACGGAUCUGAUCCUGCUAACAUUGUCCCAGAGAUGAGUCCUAAAUCUGUGCCUAUAAUCUCUGUCAGUCUGCUGUUUGCAGGCGUCAUUGCUGCUAGAAUCGGUCUUUGGUCCUUUGAUUUAACUGUGACACAGUUGCUGCAAGAAAAUGUAGUCGAAUCUGAGAGAGGCAUUAUAAAUGGUGUACAGAACUCCAUGAACUAUCUUCUUGAUCUUCUGCAUUUCAUCAUGGUCAUCCUGGCUCCAAAUCCUGAAGCUUUUGGCUUGCUCGUAUUGAUUUCAGUCUCUUUUGUGGCAAUGGGCCACAUCAUGUAUUUCCGAUUUGCCCAGAAAAGUCUGGGCUCCCAACUUUUUGUCUGUGGUCAUAGUGAUAAAGAAGUUACAGAUGCAAAUCAAACUAAUACAUCGGAUGUGUAAGACAGUUUAACUGUUGCUAUCCCUGUUACUAGGUUAUGUAGAGCACAUGUGCCUAUUUUGUACUUCAGAAUUCCAAUAAAUGGCUCGGUGUCUCUCUCUGGUUUUACCACAGCUAUACCUUGAGGGCUAAAAGCUAGUUAGGAAACUUGAGCCAGCAGAAAUGAGCUGGUUAAUUUCCCUUAUAUUUAAGGGUGGAAAAAAAAAUAGAGAAAGGAAAACUCAGUUUAAAUAUGGAAACUAAAAUAGUAACACUGAUUUUCCCUAUUUCUCAUGAGUAGGUAAAAUUUUAUAUAAAAGAGUGAUUAGUCAUGUGAAUUAAGUUAUUCUUUGGCAGAUUUUUAUUAUCUGUACUAGAAUUCAGGUAUGUCAGUUUUCCCUAACACUCUUGUUCAAGUCUAGCUAAUUUACUUUUUUAAAAAAUCUUAUUCUCAGUUAUAUUAUAAAAACAAAUUCUCUUCCAAGUUUGAAGAUUAAAAUUUGAUAACCAGUGUUAUCCUUAUUGAUCCGAUUGAUGUUAAGGGAUUUACCUCUAUGUGGAAAAAUGAAAUACUUAACUAGAAUUCUCUAAUAGGGUUUAUGGUUUAACUUUAGAGACCACCUUUGUAUUUUUCUUAUCAGCUAGGGCAAAAUAUUGUAUUAAGCAUAUGUAACACUUCAUAAAAUGGCUAUUGUGUAAGCUGAAGAUAGAAGCAAAGCUGUAGAGUAGAUUUAUAACACAGUGAAUGCAUGAGGACUUCAAACAUGCCAGUGGUUCGGCCAUAGAAACUAGAAGUUAAAAGUCACACGAAGGGCAAGUUCUGGAUUUAACUCACGUUGCUAUCCUUAAUGAUCUCUGUCGUGGAAUAUGAGGGAAUUAGCCUUCAGCCUGGCAAGUUAAAUGUAGAAAGCAAGCCCAAACUUGGAAAGGUUUUGUUUUAUAAAUCAUUUGAUUUACUUUUAACAUGCUUGGUAGAGCAUUUUUACUUUUACUCUUUUGUACCCAGGAGUUAUUUUUACCUAGUUGUAGAGCAAGACUGUUCAUAAAUGUAUCCCUUUCAAACAUCUUUGAGAAAAAUGGAGGAAAAAAAAAACC